GUGGGGACGCGAAGCCUCAUUGAUGUUCAGUCACAUUUCAGCGAGACGCCGAGCGGCGCAACGCACGGCCGGGUCGCCCCGUCUCUGCCAGGGAUUUAAAUCGAGAAGAAAGGCGACGCGAAUCCGCCCGGGACACCCGGGAGUCUCGUCGGAACUCGCUUUCUUGCCUUUUCAUGCGCUUUAAAGUGCGGGAAGAGGAGCGGACAAACCCCGAAAGGAAAUGCCAAUCGCUGCCGUGGGUCAGCCGACGACACAGGAGCCCCGCGUUUACUCCCAGCUGCCCGCCACCCCCGAGCCCGUCCCGAAGCGGAGCAGCGCAUGUGAAGGCGUCGGGGUCCGGCCUCAGGAGCGCGGUGAUCGCGGAGGAGCGGAGGGGGCCAGGGCGGCGGGGAGUCUCAGCCACGGCAGGCUUCCCCUAACGGCCGGGUCUUCCUCUCAGUCGCAGUCCCCUCCUACCACCUCCCCCCUUGCCACCUCCGUUCCCCACCCCCACCUCCCGGCCAUGGAGCCCCCGAGGACUCGGUCGAGGUCGCGGUCCGGAUUCUACCAGUGCGUCGCAAACGGGGCCGGGCACGGCGGUGCCAACGCGACCGGCGGCUUCAGCGGUGCCCAGCAACAGCAACAACAGCAGCAGCACGGCGUCGGCUGCGUGUCGCUCGGAGCGCAGAGUCCCACUGAAAGCCAACGCAAUCCGGGAGGCAGCCUUCCAGUCGGCACGCCGAGACACCCCGGCUCCGGGGCUCAUCGGAAUACCGGUGCAGGGGGCGUAGCGGCUGUGCACUGCCAUCCUGACCAUGCCUACAGCGAGGAGAGCGAUAAGAGUGAAGAUAGCCCAAGCCCCAAGCGGCAGCGGCUAUCACAGCAGUCGGUGCUGGAGCGCACAUCGGCCCCGCCCACUACACCGCCGCCCAUGCGGCCCUGGGAGCUGCCCCCCAGCCGGCGUGCGCUCCCCUACCCCCACCCGCAUCCGCACUACCCCCCCGAGCGCUGCCGCCGCAGCCCCCCAGCCAGACGCCAGCGCGGCCGCCGUGAGCGCCUCUCCCGCCACCACCCCCCCUACCAUGCCACUGCGGGGGGCGGCCAGGACGAGAAUUACCGGCACCCGCACCACCCGCCUGCCCCCCACCAGAGCUACACGUAUGGCCAGCCGGGGGCGCCGGCGGGCAUGGAGGAGCCGCGGGCAUUCCACCCGCCCACACUGUCACCGCGCCUGCUGCACCCAGCUGCCCACCCCCAGCAGCAGAGCGCCGUGGUGGUCGACCUGCACGAGCAGCUGCAGCAGGGCACAGUGCCGGUCUCCUACACCGUGUCUCCCGUGCCCCACCACGGCCUCCCCUCUCCCCUCUGCAAUGGGCAGCACCUCCCCACAUGCUCCUCCCAGCAACAGGUUGCCUGUGGCUCUGUGGUCUUCAGCGGCCAGCACUACCCUGUCUGCAGCGUCCCCCCGCCCAUGCUGCAGGCUUGCUCGGUCCAGCACCUCCCACUUCCCUACCCCUUCCCCUCUCUCCUGUCCAGCGAGCCCCCCUUCCUGCUGCAUCCGCCCCACCUGUCUCACCACCCGCCCCACCUGCCCCCGCCUGGGCAGUUUGUGCCCUUCCAGGCCCAGCAGUCACGCUCGCCUCUGCAGAGAAUCGAGAAUGAAGUGGAACUUCUGGGCGAGCAUCUCUCGGUGGGCGGCGGCUUCAGCUAUCCUCACUCUGCCCUCCCCAGCACCAUGCCUCCCUCCACCCCGUUGCAGUUUCUCCCCCACGAGCCCCUCCCGCAGGAGCUCUUUGGAGUGCCGUACCCCCACUUCAUGCCCCGACGGAUCACCAGCCGCCGCUUCCGCUCCCAGCAGCCCAUACCGCCCCCGCCGUACCAUCCCAGCUUCCUGCCGUACUUCCUGUCCAUGCUUCCUGUGCAGCCCACCGUGGGCCCCACCAUCAGCCUGGACCUGGAUGUGGAUGACGGGGAGGUGGAGAACUACGAGGCCCUUCUGAACCUAGCGGAGCGGCUGGGGGAGGCCAAGCCCCGGGGUCUGACUAAGGCCGACAUCGAACAGCUGCCCUCCUAUCGCUUCAACCCCAACAACCACCAGUCGGAGCAGACUCUGUGCGUCGUCUGCAUGUGCGACUUCGAGUCGCGGCAGCUGCUGCGUGUCCUGCCCUGCAAUCACGAGUUCCACGCCAAGUGCGUCGACAAGUGGCUCAAGGCUAACAGAACGUGUCCCAUCUGCCGGGCAGAUGCGUCUGAGGUCCAGAGGGACUCGGAGUGAUCAGAAGGAGCAGCAAGCUCAGCACCAACCUGCUCCAGCAUCCAUGUGUAUAUAAAUUCCCACACCCCUCGUCACCCCUAACCUUCAUGGACACAACCCCCCUGGUUCCCCCCCCCCCUCAAUUCCACUGACUUACACACAUAAGCGUCCAGUGGGUAGAUUUUCUUUGCACUGAGGGUGUAUUUGUUUUUGAUUUUCACAUAUAAUAUUCAGUUGACCUGCAGACAACUAACCAAGCGAGAAUCUUCAGAUUUCUUUGCAUAAACUGUGUGUUCAGAUCUUGAGCGUUUGGGUCAUUUUUGCAUUUGCUACGGACUAGAUCUCUGCCGUCUUGCUGUGUGCCCACUGACGAUCCGGCACCCGUGGCUAUGUUCGCCUCUCGAUCUGCUUUCCAUAGCCUGAGCGUCGUACACUCUUACGGGAGAAUGUGAUCCCGCAUUUUAAGGAAGAGCGGAGCCCUAACGAAAGCAGCCGUCUAUCUUGUCAUGACGCAGCGGCAAGAUGAGCACCCCCUGUAGUUCCCGUGUAGUGUGACGUGCUGCGCAGAGUUAUCAGGAAUACUGUGUAAUGUUUUGUUUGUGACGCGGGCACAUGCGACAUGGUGAUUGUACUGCAGUCCACUGGUUCCUGCUUCCCGUUAAGAUGGAGGCUUUGGGCCGGACUUGGGAGCCUGUGAACGUGUGUCUCCGCCACACUGCUUCGAUCUCUAAUCCAUUUUUGUCCCGCUGCCUUGGCCCAGUCCACCCGGGAGAGCUUUUGUCAAGCUCUCCCCCAGUUUUGAGUUUUUGUUUCCUGUCAUUUUGAGUCUGCUGUUUUGACUCUCAUCUGCACAGUGGUUUUUUGAUUUCGUCAGCUGAGGCUAAGCUAGAGUGCUGGAUGCCCGCUUGGGGAGGACGAUCAGUUCUCGGAAAACCUUGUCGAUCUUGGUCCUGCGGAGCUGUGACCCACCCGCCCCAGUUGGGGCCUGUGUUUUCACAUGCGUUUGAGGGAGUCCCAAGUAAGACGCUCACAGUAUCACGGAAACAAGAUGGUCGCCGCCUCUCGUCACUGCCAAAGUCAAACGGGAAUCAUGAAGAAGUCAUUCACGGUUGAGUUGGUAUCGUGUAUCUCCGGUCAUGUUUAGACAGAGGCACAUAACGGUUGAGGCUCAGCCUUGUCAACACGUACAACAAACGUUUGCCGUGCAAAAGGGAAGUUCACCUUCUAAUGUCAGUCAGACACCCCGGGCCUGAACCGUGAGCUCCUGCCUGUUGUGACUCGCCCUCCAGAGUGUGAUUCGAACUUGGAGCACACCACAUCUCGAGCACGGGUAAAGCGUUUGCUGUCGAAAGACCGAACGUCUGCCGUUCCCAACAUCCCAAUCGUUUGUUUAACUGUUUAUUCGUUUUGUCACGAGUGACAUGAAAUGAACUCUGCUUCCAACUUAGACCACCGUUUCUGAACCUGAUUCUCUGCUACCCGCAGACAGUCCGCCAGUUUGCUGCAAGACAGUCCACAUUUUUGCUCCUUAGCAUGAGCUGGGAGGGAACAAAAACGUGGACUAUCUGUAGGUCCCUGAGGACUGGGUUGAGGAACUCUGACCCAUAACCCCUUAACUACCCCCCACUUUUUCUCUCUCCCCUAUUUUUCAUUCCGUUAGUCCCUUUUCACCUGCCAUGGAUCCGUCUUCUCCUUCAGUGUCUUUAGUUUAAACUAAUCUCCAAUAGCAGCCUGCAGUGUCUUAUUACGGACGCCUUUUUGAGCUCACGUCAGCAUAGGUUACUGUGGUAAUAGGAAAUAUACCAUUCCUAUCCCGACACUGAUCCUUUAGGUGCCCUGGGUGUUACCUUGUCGUAUGUUUUGUUUUUAUUUUGAAAUUUUUUUUCCCUGCUUGGUACACUUGCAGUUACCUCAUUUUUACUAUUUAUAUUUUCAGAAUUUGCUACCAGUAUCAGCUUAUUUUUCUUUUCUGGUUUCGUCCCUUAAAAUACAUGACUGUAUCAUUUAACAUGCUGUUGUAGUUUCAUAUAUGUAUUAUAUCUGUAACCAAAAUAAUUUGAAGGCUUGAUAUAAAUCUUUUUAACAAACAUUUGUACAUUUUUUAUGAGAGUUAUUACUAGUAAUGCUUUACUAAGUAGUGCAAUGAAUUUUUAUUUUUAAUCCCUGUGCCCAAUUUUUUGGAUUUGAGAGGAUGGUUCAAUAAAUGUAUAAUGUACACUU